UCCUCAGAAGCUGGCGGCAGGCGGGCGGGGUCUCUUACAGCCCUCAUUUCUUCAUUUUCCUGGGUGUGGUUUGAGACAUUAGAGUUCCGUUAGCAGGAAACGCAAGUAAAGAGAAGCGGCGAGCUGUGUGCAGCAGAUAACGGGACCUCAAGAGAAGUUUUCAAAUUUGCCAGCAUCCCGCAUGGACUUCAGUUUUCUCUGCUAAGGACUUUUUAGUACGUCAUAUAUUUUGUGAAAGAAAAAAAAAAGUUUUUAAGGAAGGGGGAAUCAGAGUGAAAAGAUGCCGAAAACGAUCAGUGUGCGAGUAACCACAAUGGACGCAGAGCUGGAGUUUGCCAUCCAGCCUAACACAACCGGCAAGCAGCUCUUUGAUCAGGUUGUCAAAACUAUUGGGUUACGAGAAGUCUGGUUUUUUGGGCUUCAAUAUCAAGACACCAAGAAUUUAUCUACAUGGCUAAAACUGAAUAAAAAGGUAACAGCUCAAGACGUUCGCAAGGAAAGUCCUCUUCUGUUCAAAUUCAGGGCUAAAUUCUACCCUGAAGAUGUUUCUGAAGAGCUCAUUCAGGAUAUCACACAACGCCUGUUUUUUCUUCAAGUCAAGGAGGGUAUUCUUAAUGAUGAUAUCUACUGCCCCCCUGAGACAGCUGUUCUGCUUGCAUCCUAUGCCGUUCAGGCAAAAUACGGUGACUUCAACAAAGAUGUUCACAAGGCUGGCUACCUUGCCAAUGACAAACUGCUACCACAAAGGGUGCUAGAACAGCAUAAAUUAAACAAGGAGCAGUGGGAGGAGCGCAUUCAAGUUUGGCACGAGGAGCACCGAGGGAUGCUACGGGAGGACUCCAUGAUGGAGUAUCUCAAGAUUGCCCAGGAUCUGGAAAUGUAUGGUGUUAAUUACUUCAGCAUCAAGAACAAGAAGGGAUCAGAACUAUGGCUAGGUGUUGAUGCCCUUGGACUUAAUAUCUAUGAGCAAACUGACAAGAUGACACCUAAAAUUGGGUUCCCAUGGAGUGAAAUUAGAAAUAUUUCCUUUAAUGACAAGAAGUUUGUAAUCAAGCCAAUUGACAAGAAGGCUCCAGACUUUGUGUUUUAUGCACCUCGCCUACGGAUCAAUAAGCGCAUUCUUGCAUUGUGCAUGGGAAAUCAUGAGUUGUAUAUGCGCCGUCGCAAGCCUGAUACCAUUGAGGUGCAGCAGAUGAAAGCCCAAGCCCGUGAGGAGAAGCAUCAGAAACAGAUGGAAAGAGCUUUACUUGAAAAUGAAAAGAAGAAGAGAGAACUUGCUGAGAAGGAGAAAGAAAAAAUAGAACGUGAGAAGGAGGAGCUGAUGGAGAGGCUAAAGCAGAUUGAAGAGCAGACGAGGAAAGCCCAGCAAGAAUUGGAGCAGCAGACACAACGAGCACUGGAUUUAGAAUUGGAGAGAAAAAGAGCCCAAGUGGACGCUGAGAGAUUGGAUAAAGAACGCAGGAUUGCAGAAGAGGCAAAGACUGCACUUCUGCAGCAAGCUGAGAGCCAGAUGAAAAACCAAGAACACUUGGCCACAGAACUUGCAGAACUGACUUCAAAAAUUUCACUGUUAGAAGAUGCAAAGAAAAAGAAGGAGGAUGAGGCUAGAGAGUGGCAAGAGAAGGCAGUGCAUGUCCAGGAAGACUUAGAAAAAACCAAAGAGGAGCUUCAGAAGAAGAUGAUAGUGACCCAUGUUCAAGAACCUUUGCAUGCGGAAAAUGAGCAUGAUGAGAAUGAUGAAAACAGUGCUGAAGCCAGUGCUGAGCUGACCUCAGAGGGCACAAUUAAGGACCGCAGUGAGGAGGAACGCAUGACUGAGGCAGAAAAGAAUGAACGUGUACAGCAACAUCUGAAGCUUUUGAGCUCAGAACUUGCCAAUGCCAGAGAUGAGACUAAGAAAACACAGAAUGAUAUGAUCCAUGCAGAGAAUGUGCGAGCAGGGCGUGACAAAUACAAGACUCUGCGUCAAAUCCGGCAAGGGAACACAAAACAGCGCAUUGAUGAGUUUGAGUCCAUGUGAUCUGACACCUACAGCUGUGGAGGAGCUGCCCUUCAGCACCUUCUGUUUACUACAAAUCUGCCUUUAAGUGACUUUGAAAAUGUGUCUACAAAGACAUUUUGAUUCUAAUACCCCAGCUCUCUGCCCUCCACCCUCUCACCUGCCUUACCUUUUCGGCCUUACAUAUCGCAAAUGUAUUACCAAAGCCUAGAGCCUGUGGGUUUACUUGCUGAUUGAUUAUGUUCCCUGUGUCUGUCUGCUUAUUGCCUAGUUAUGAAGAGACAAUGUGGAGACACCCUGAAAAAUCCUACAGCUGUGUCUUACUAUCUCACUUACUUCUUGCAGUAUAUACACUGUUAUGUUAAACAUUUGAAGUUCUUGGCAUAUUGACUAAAGGCCAGUUCUGUGCAGCACUCUGUACUGAGGGAGGCAUGUUGAGUGUUAUAUGUGUUAUAUAGAUUAACAUCUUAUUAUAAAGAGCCCAUUAGUGAUCUUUUUAUGGGAACAGUGUGCUACUCAGCAAAUGUUAAAUUUAUUGGGAGGGUGCUGAAUGCACUUACUAUGGCACCUUGAAAAAAGCAGCUUUGUAGUGACCGUAGGAUGGCUGUGGAGUGCCGCCUCUUCUUGGUCAUUAGAAAUUUCGGUUACGGAGAAUAUUGCCGAGACUGUUUUAUUUUUAUGUUUUGUUUUUCUUUUUUUUUAUAAGUUAGGCUUCUAAGAGUAACUUUUGUAAGGUUCCAUUAUUCUUUAAACAGCAAAUGUUUGCUAUGUAACUGUAUUGGAAAGCAGAUACUUGGCAGUAUUAUUUAAAAAUGUUCAGUGUUAGAAAUAUUUUCAAAGAAUCAAACAAUCCAGAUAAUAGUUUUGCAUUGAUACAAAUAAUCAUUGAAUACUACCAGCGUAUCUAAUAUAAUUACAUUUACAGUUAGGAAUAGUAGUAAAUAUUAGUUUUUAUAACAUUUUGCAAACUAUUGUAUAUUAAAAGCACCAUUUUGGCAAAAGAUUUAAUGUAUGCAGCUUGAAUGUAAAACACUGUAGAGUUUUGAUUUUCAUUAAAAUGAAUAACAAAUCAACUUUUGAUUUUUUUUUUUUUUGUUUUUUUUCGUUUUUGUUUUGUUUUUUUUUUCGUUUUUGUUUUGUUUUUUUUUGUAAAAGAGUAUUUUGUAACUAAUGUUAUGCCAUUAUCCUGUUAGUUUAUUUUCUAAAAUUGUUUGUUAAAUUAUGUGCCUGGUAUUUGAAGAUUGUUUAUAUCAUUACUGCUCUGAAAUGGCAGAAGCCAAAGGCACUUUGGUUUUGAAACACCUGCUGCUUGCAAAGCUGUUAUUAUCCUGUUAAUAAAGAUUGAACAUGUAAA